AUUCGCUGUAAAAUAAACACGAGUCGAAAAAAAACCAAAAUUGCCGAUUCUUAAAAAAUAUACAAACAAAAAACCUUUGAGACUUAUAGUCUCGUAAAUCUAAGCUUCCUUGACACUGCCUUUCUAGCGCUAUAUGUUUAUACACAAAGCGAGUUUCUUGGUAAAUACUAACCUGUUCUACUUCUUUCCCCAGCAAACAUGUUGACCAGGCUUUUUAGUGAGACCGGGCUCAUCCCCGAGGUCCAGAAAUUCGCCACCUGGUCAGAUGACUGUGGAGAUGACAUGAGUGACAAAGACGAUAGGGAUGAGAAGAGCCUACAAGAUGCCCAAACUGAGGGAUCCCUCAGUGAGAGCAAAGAGGACCAGGACUUAGGUGGAGAUGAAGAUGAAGAAGAAGAGGAAGAAGAAGGGACAGAGGAGACAGAAGGAGAGAGGCCCAAGAAAAGAGGUCCUAAAAAGAGAAAGAUGACCAAGGCUAGGAUGGAGAGGUCCAAGGUCAGGAGACAGAAGGCCAAUGCCAGAGAGAGGAACCGCAUGCAUGACCUGAACUCAGCCCUGGACAACCUGCGAAAGGUGGUCCCUUGUUACUCCAAGACCCAAAAGCUCUCAAAGAUAGAAACUCUUAGGCUUGCCAAGAACUAUAUUUGGGCUUUAUCUGAGAUUCUAAGGUCGGGUAAAAGGCCUGACCUAGUGUCCUAUGUGCAGACCUUGUGCAAGGGACUGUCCCAACCCACCACUAACCUGGUGGCUGGAUGUUUGCAGCUCAACUCCAGGAAUUUCCUAACAGAGCAAGGCCAAGAGGCUGGGAGGUACCAUGGCCCAAACUCUUCCUUUGCCAUGCACCCAUACACAUACCCAUGCUCCAGGCUCUCAGGCUCCCAGUGCCAGUCUAGCACCAUGGCCAACUCCCACCCAUUGAGAAGCCAUGGCUACUGUGCCACCUAUGAAUCCCUGUAUGGCAAUGCGUCUCCGGAAUACAACAGCUCUGAGUAUGACGCUCCUUUAAGCCCACCACUGUGCAUUAAUGGCAACUUCUCCCUUAAACAGGACUCUUCCCCGGACCACGAUAAAAAUUACCACUAUUCUAUGCACUACUCCUCCCUGCCCUCCUCCAGGCCCUCUGGACACAGCCUUCUGUUUGGCUCUUCUGGGAUGCGUGGUGGGGUCCACUCUGAGAACUUAUUGCCUUACGAUAUGCACGUCCAUCACGACAGGGCCCCCAUGUAUGAGGAACUAAAUGCAUUUUUCCAUAACUGACCCACCCCACCCCCUCUUUCCACGCGUGACUGUGCAUUUUGUGCCAAGAAUCUGUAAUGGUCAACUGGAGGAAAAUAGCUAACUUCUAGUUAUUAUGGAUAACCCAUGUGCUCAACUGGUGGGUUGUAUUGGGUGACCUUGUGAUUCUCCAACCAUGCGUUGUGAUGGGUGACGAUGUCCUACCGUUAUGAGUUGUGUUGGAUGACUGUGUUGUCCUACACCCAAGAGCUUUCUGGGGUGACCUUGGUGUCCUAGAACCUAGAGCUUAGUACACUGACCUUGAUGGCUCUACAGCUGAGAUAUUUGUUGAACGAUCUGGGUGUUUCUACAGCUGGGAUCUUUGUUGGAUAACCUUGGUGGUCCUACACACGUGAGGUCUUCGUUUGCAGACCUUGGUUAUCCUACAACUGAGACCUAUGUUAGGGGAUGACCUUACUCUUCUACAUUUUAGAAUUUCUAAUAGGUGGCCCAGGUGUUUUACAUCCAAGAGUUGGAAGAACUAUUCCAGACAACCAUAAGCACUAGUUGAAACAUUCUAAGCCCCUCGGUAUUACGCAGUCAUGUUCGCAGUGUUUUCACAAUGAGAUCUCCAUCCGUCCACUAAGGUUGGACCUAGUUAGACCCCACAAAAUUUGCACACAGAACCCAAUUUUCUUUUAAGCACUUGUUCAUGUAUAGUUGUAGAUGUGUAUCCUCUGAACUCCCUCCACUAGUCCUCCCCCGUUUAAGACCAGGUGCUUUUCUCCAGGAGCUAUGACACCAGAUCAAUCACGUGAUUACAGGGGUCCACCCCCAAGGUGCAAUAAAUUUAGAGAUAAGCCUCACCCAUUUGGCAAUAGGAGCUACUGUGUAAAGUUUAAAUUAUUGGAGCUGCAGAUGACUUGUGUUAAGGUUAAAUUAUUGUAUACAGAAAGUCAGGAUUAUUUACUAAAUUGAGAAUUAAAAUUAAUUGAAAGUUAAUUUCAUUUGUAAAGCCAUAUUAAAGCAUAGCUGGCUAUUUUGACCUUAAAUGUGAAAUUCGCCUUGCAUUCACUUAGAAUUCUCACUUUAAUGAAUAAUAUUGUGUGUUUCUGCAUAGACAGGAACAGAAAAAACACAACACACACACACACACACACACAAGCACGUCUGUCUUCUGUUUACGUUUUCCUGAAGCUCUGUGCCAAAUCACUGGUACAAAGGAAAUUAAACCCAAAUUCAUCUUGCAGAGAGAACCUUUAUUUUUUAGGGCAAUAAAGUGCAAAAGAAAUAAAAACAGAAACGAAAGAAAAAAUAAAUAAAUCUAUGCAAUAUGAAAUUCAAUUUAUUUAAAAUGUAUUGGCAUGGGGGCCAAGUGAACACGUGACGAUGUGCAAUUUCGGUUAACCCUUUGAAUGCCUGAGUCAUUUUUGCAAUGUAUAGCGACAAAUAAGGUGUUGCUGCUUUCUCUGGUAAUUAGAGGGUUAAAAAGACACGUGACAAACAAUUCAGUCUCCUGCGUUAAAAAUUCAGCUAACAAACAACACAAAACAAAACAAACAAAAAAAUAUUGUCGUAGACCACUAUAUGUUCUUUUAUAAAAACCGUGUGUCAUAUAGAUGGUUUUAUCUGUUUGGGAUUUAAUUUUAAAAAAAAAAUUCAUAUUGCCAGAACGAAUUUUUUUUGUUUUGUUUUGUUUUUUUUGUUAAUUUUAUGCAUGUAGAACAGAAGGGGGGAAAAAAUUAACGAAGUUGAAGAAAAAAAAAAAUAUUAAUAUGCAAUAUAUAU